GGGAGCGGAGGGAGCGCCGCCUCUGCCGCCCGCCCGGGAGCCCACGGAGCCCGGCCCGGCCCCCCAUGCGGCCCCCUGCGCGCUCGCCUGUCGGAUGCCGCCGCGGAGCCGGGGGGAGCCGCGCUGGAGGCCCGCGCUGGAGGCGCUGCUGCUGCUGCUGCUGCGGACUCUCGCCUGCCUGUGGCCGAUGCCUCUGCCGGUGCCCGGCGGGCCGGCCGAGCCCUGUGGCGCAGCAGCCGGGGGGGCCGGGGCGCCGCCGCUGUGGGCCGUCGAGCUGCGCGUCCCCGAGGGAGCCUCUGAGGCGGCGCUGGACCGGCAGGCGGAGGAGCUGGCCGCGGCGGCCGGGCUGGUGAACGUGGGCCGCAUCGGGGAGCUGCGGGGCCACUACCUCUUGGGCGGCCGGGGCGAGGGCCCGCGGGCGGCGGAGGCCGUGUUGGCCCGGCACGCCGGCGUCAGGUGGCACGCCCGGCAGCGCCUCCUCAAGCGGGCCAAGCGCAGCCUGCACUUCAACGACCCCAAGUUCCCCCAGCAGUGGCACCUGAGUAAUCGCAAGAGCCCAGGAAUGGACAUCAACGUGACCGGAGUGUGGGAGAGAAACGUGACGGGCCACGGGGUGACCGUGGUGGUGGUGGAUGAUGGUGUGGAACACACGAUUAAAGACAUCCAGCCCAACUAUAGCCCCGAAGGCAGCUACGACUUGAAUUCCAAUGACCCUGAUCCCAUGCCCCACCCAGAUGAGGAAAACGGGAAUCACCACGGGACCCGGUGUGCUGGAGAAAUCGCAGCGGUCUCCAACAACAGCUUCUGUGCUGUUGGAGUGGCUUACGGGAGCAGGAUUGCAGGGAUCCGGGUUCUGGACGGGCCGCUCACAGACAGCAUGGAGGCCGUGGCUUUCAACAAACACUAUCAGAUCAAUGACAUCUACAGCUGCAGCUGGGGUCCAGAUGAUGACGGCAAAACCGUGGACGGGCCUCACCAGCUUGGCAAGGCUGCCUUGCAGCAUGGAGUGAUUGCCGGCCGCCGGGGAUUUGGCAGCAUUUUUGUGGUGGCCAGUGGCAAUGGGGGACAGCACAACGACAACUGCAACUAUGACGGCUACGCCAAUUCUAUCUACACCGUCACCAUUGGAGCAGUGGACGAGAUGGGCUACAUGCCCUUCUACGCAGAAGAGUGUGCCUCGAUGCUGGCCGUGACCUUCAGUGGGGGCGACAAGCUGAUGAGGAGCAUUGCAACCACGGACUGGGAUUUGCAGAGAGGUACAACAGGGUGCACAGAAGGCCACACGGGCACCUCUGCUGCAGCCCCUCUGGCGGCUGGCAUGAUCGCCCUCAUGCUGCAGGUGCGCCCAUGUCUCACCUGGCGAGAUGUCCAGCACAUCAUUGUCUUCACAGCCACAAAGUAUGAAGAUCAUCGUGCCCAGUGGGACACCAACCAGGCCGGCCUGAGCCACAGCCAUCAGCACGGGUUUGGCUUGCUCAAUGCUUGGAGGCUGGUCAAUGCAGCCAAGGUCUGGGAGUCGGUCCCUUACCUGGCCUCCUACGUCAGCCCAGUCUUGAAGGAGAACCGGGUCAUCCCUUUGGAGCCUCGGCGGCUGGAAGUCACCUGGAAUGUCACAGAAGCCGACCUGGACCUGUCUGGGAUGAGGACCCUGGAGCACGUGGCAGUGACGGUCAGCAUCACCCACCCUCGCCGGGGCAACCUGGAGAUUCGCCUCCUCUGCCCCAGCGGAAUGGAGUCUUUGAUAGGGACAGCGCGGAGUAUGGACUCAGACCCCAAUGGCUUUGUGGACUGGACCUUCUCCACGGUGCGCUGCUGGGGCGAGGAGGCACAGGGUACCUACCGGCUGGUGAUCCAUGAUGUCGGGGACGAGGCGCUGCGAGCAGGAGUGCUGCUGGAGUGGCAGCUGGCGCUCUACGGCUCCUCCUGGUCCCUGGCCGGGAUAAAGGUGCGGCAGAGGCUGCUGGAGGAGGCGAUGAGCGGCCGCUUCCUGGAUGCCGGUUUCUCCUUGCCCUGCCCGCCUGGCCUGAAGGUCCCUGAGCAGGAACCCUACGCCAUCCCUGCCAACACCCUCAAGACCCUGAUGCUGCUGGGCUGCUUGGCUGUCUUCUGGACCAUCUACUACACACUGGAGGUGUUUCUGAGCCACAACAAGGGGGCCUUUGACCUCACAUCCUGCAGAAGUACCCAGGCUUGCCUGUGGUUCUCCAAAAGAAGGGCACCCUCAAGCCUGGAGGAUGGGACAGAGAUGGAAGAGACCAUCCCCCUGUAUGUGGAGGAGGACGUGGAGGUGGAGACAGAGACUGAGCAGCUCCAAGCUGGUCUAGGGGGGCAGGAGGGGCUCAAGAGCACCUGGGGCUGCCCGGACCCUGGGCAGGGAGAGGCCUGCUGAGCCCCCUGAGCAGGAGCAGGCAAAUUCACCCAGGGCAAACAGGAAGGGGACGGAGGACAUCAGGCGUGCUAACCAAGUUGGCGCCUGUCUGGGGACCCGCUCACGCCCCUGAGCUGCCAGUCCAGCUUCCUCUGGCAGCUGGUGCUGGCUGCCUGCCUGCCUGCCUCUCCCAGUGAAGUCCAGCUGCCCAGCUGCUGCUUCAGAGGAACACUUGGCGCUGGCUGCUGCCUGAGGCAUGGCGAUGGAUAGGAGUCUCAUUCAGCCACCGGUGGGAGAGAGAUGCUCCCUCUAGCCUGAACAAGGAAUGGCAUCUGGGUGUCUGUUGGGGGCAGCACAGGAUACCUGGCCCUAAGGAGCCCGUGGUGCUCUUGUCUUGUCCCCACGUGGCGGUGGUCAAGUGGAAAGCAGCCCUCGGCCAUCUGGUCGGAGCCCACUCUCAUUGCCUUAUCCUGCUGCUGGCCAAGGGGCAGCAAGACCUUGGCUGACCUCAGCCACUUUGGCCAAACAGGAGCAGAGUUCCCUGCGGGGGAACCCAGCUCACCUCUGCCUUUUCUCUUUGUGCUUCCCUGCUUGCCUCCCACUUUGACUUGCUUGCUGUGCUGCCCGUGAAGGGGAAAGAGGCACCGCUUCCUUCCCCUGCAGGCCGGUGGUGGGCUGGCACAGCCAAAGCAAACAUCAGCCUUGCCUCAACUGCCUUCCUUUACUGACCGUCGAGGAGGGCCUGGCACAGAGGGCAGCCUUGCGCACUCCUUCGGGGGACUCGGCUCUCUGUGCGACUCCAUGUUUGGCCGGGGUGGCCUGCAUGAACUUCUUGGCCUGCUUGGAGCUGCAUCUGCUGAACAUAAGGGAAGGGCUUGGGGUUCCUUGUUGGCCAAAGAGCUGUCAGCCUGUGCUGUCCUGAAGCCCUUCAUCCAGCCGGGGGGGG